AUGCAACGAUUUGAUAGUUGUGAUUAUGAUGUGAACAUCAGUAGAGAACACAUCCCAUUCAUGAUCUCUGCCCUUCGUUUCCCUUGGACUCAAAGUAUGGAAUUGUUAAUAUCCAUUUUAUUUUCAACUUUUUUGCUGUUAUCUAGCCCUUGCGAUGCUGACAGUAAUUCCGAUCUCGGUUCGCAAUGUACCGAAGUUGAAUACCAAGCCAAUCUGAGCGAUCUGCUGAAUUCACUUGUUGCCAAUGCGCCUAUCCAAAAUGGCUUCUACACGACCGCAGCAGGUAAAGGUGCUAACAAGAUUUAUGGCCUUACACAAUGCAGAGGUGAUAUUUCUGCCACAGACUGUGCAGCCUGCAUCAAGAAUGUUACCGUGGUACAAGGCUGCUCAAACAGUAUAGGUGCUACGCUUUGGUUUCAGUGGUGUCUCGUAAGGUAUUCAGACCGGAGCUUUUUCGGUGCAUUCGAUCAAUCAGGAAUAAUGGCAACUUACAAUGACACCAAUUUUGAAGAUGCAAAAGUGGUUUCUGAAGGACUUAACUUCACAAAAACGCUUGCUUCUAAAACUCCUAACCAGCCUUCGAUGUUCUAUACCGCAGUAUUGGAUGUUGGACAGAGUGGGAAGAGGUAUGGCAUGGCUCAAUACACUAGAGAUCUCAGCAAGAGUAACUUGUUGGGAAUUCCGACCGGUGAUGUUCUGAUACUUGCUUAUAGGAGGGAAAGCACACUGACACAAUAUUUUAUGUGGUUCGGCAAAUCACCUACAUCCACGGGAGAAACCAUUGCAUUAUAUAGGGAGACUCUUCCAAGCUUUCCAUUCUGA